ACACGUACGAUGCCAAUGUCCAAAAAACAUACGGGUAAGCCUGGUGCGAGAAAUGGAUGGUGCUGUCGUUGCUGCAAAUGCUGUGUCACGUCGUUUUUGCAUCCAUUCGGUUCGAACAUACCUUUUUUUCCAAUCGUCGACUGACCGAUGUAAUUCUUGUGGUCCCCGUGAAACAAAUUAUUGCACCAACCAACCCAUCACGCAACAACCAAACCAUAUCAUAUCAUACCAUACCAUACCAAACCAAUCGACGGUCAACUUUCCCGCUUGCCCGACUCUCGACAGCCGAUACAAACUGACGAUCGAUUCCGGAGAGGGCUGCUUCCUUAAGACGACCGAUGGAAAGACGUACCUGGACUGCGUGAGCGGAAUCGCCACCUGCGCCCUCGGACACAACAAYAAAGAGCUGACCACCGCCAUCGAGGAGCAGAUGAAGCGCGUCCACCACGUGAGCAACCUCUACUUUAUUCCCGAACAGGCCGCCCUCGCCGAGUGGCUCUGCGCCAACAGCGGGGCCGACAAGGCCUUUUUCUGCAACUCGGGCGCCGAGUCCAACGAGGCGGCCAUCAAGCUGGCCCGCCGGCACGCCUCCAACCGCGGGAUCGACAAGCCCGUCAUCGUUUCGGCCCACCAGUCCUUCCACGGCCGGACCCUCGCGGCGCUCAGUGCCACGCAACAACCCAAGUACCACAAGGGAUUCGGCUACGACGGAGAGAUGGUCCAGGGAUUCGAGGCCUGCACCUACAACGACAUUGCCUCGCUCGAGGAGGCCGUCGCAAAGGCCACGUCGGACGGCAGGGGGCUGGCCGCGAUCAUGCUCGAGCCCCUCCAGGGAGAGGGUGGCAUCAUCCCCGGGGACCCCGCCUUUUUCGCCAGGGCCCGGGAGCUCUGCGACGAGGCCGGGGCCCUCCUCRUGAUCGACGAGGUCCAGGCCGGCAUGGGACGCACCGGAACCCUGUGGGGACACGAGAACCUGGGCGUGGUUCCCGAYGUCUUUACGUCCGCCAAGGCCCUCGGAGGUGGUGUUCCGAUCGGUGAGUGUCGCACCGCUGCUUGAUUUSUUUSWUUGUUUGUUGUUGUCUUGGACGGGUUUCGUGGGGUUUGUGGCUCGCCGGUUGGGUGGAUUCAUUCGCGGUGGUUCGUCGCAUCUCAUUGUUCGUUGUUGCGCUGCUAUGCUCUGCUCUGCUUUCGUCAAACCUUUUGCGUGACCCCCAGGCGCCAUGAUGGCCCGGGGCGACGCCGCCGACACCUUUGGACCCGGCGACCACGCCAGCACAUACGGAGGAAAYCCCCUCGCCUGCGCCGCCGGACUGGCCGUCGCGAAGUACAUCUGCGACCACGACGUCCUCACGAACGUGCAGGAGCGGGGCGAGCAGCUCUCGAAGGGCCUCGAGGCCAUGGCCGAGAAGUACCCCACCAUCCUCGGAGACGUCCGCGGCUGGGGACUCCUCAAGGGAGUCGAGUGCAUCGCCGAGGACAUUACGGCWGGCGAGCUCGUCGCCGCCGCCAUGGAGGAGGGCCUCCUGCUGGUUCCCGCCGGUGCGAACGUCGUGCGGUUUGUUCCCCCGCUCAUCAUCACGGAGGAGGAACUGGCAACGGCCCUGGACCGGUUGGAGGCCGCCGUGAAGGCCAAGGCAAACUAGGGUCUCGGGAGGCACGGCCAAGCAUCUUCGUCCUUA